AUGGUGCUGCUCAACCUGGCCGGUGUAUCCCCUGAGGACGGCACGCUCGACGCGCUCGCGUCCGCCCUCCCCGGCGGCACAUCCCUGCGUGCCCGGGUGGCCGGCGGGGCAGGGGCGCCCGCGGGCGCUGACGAGCUGCUGAGGUGGCAGGGCGAGAUGGCGGCGUCCAACCCUGACGUCAUCUUCGACGCCCUCGACGACAUCGAGGCAGAGAACUGCGGCGCGGCGUGCCUGGCGGCCAGCCUGCGCGACGCGGCGCAGCGGCUGGGCGGGGACCUGGUGGCGGGGCCCGGCGGCGCGGCGGCCGCCUCGCUGCGCCUGCCGGGCGGCGGGGAGCUGCCGCUGGACCGCGGCGCCGGCCGCCUGUUUGGCUCCGAGCUGGCGGCGCUGCACGGCGCCAGGCUGGCGGCGCGGCGCGGCGGUGACGUGGCGGUCCACCACGCCACCCUGGUCGGCCUGCAGGCGCUGCGCGGCGACGCGGCCGCGGCCGGCGCGGGCGCGCUGGACGCGGCGGCGCGCGUGCUGGCGGGCGCGCUGGGGCGGCUGGCGGGCAGCGUGGCCGAGGCCUACGGCGAUGACGUGGUGUACCAGAUCACUCUGCUGGGGGACGCGCCCGGCAGCGGCCCGGGGCCCACUGACGGCGAGGGGUCCGCUGAGGGGCCCGACGGCGCCAACGAGUCGCUCGCGGCCUGGAAGCGCGCGGCGCGGCGCUCUCUCCUUGCUGCCCCCCGCGUGGCGUGGCGCAGCAUGGGGGAGUCUCUGGCUCAGAACGGCACCGCGGCUGACGCCAAGGCGUUUGCGUCCAAAGCCACCAGCUACGGCAUCACCCUGCUGCUGAUCUACGCCACGGGGGCCAUCCUGUACGCCAUGGUCAACAUGCCCUUCAAGCAGAUGCAUGGCGGCUUCGGCGGCGGCGGCUUCGGCGGCGGCGAUUUCGGCGGCAGCGGCGGUGGCGCGGGUGUGUCGUCUCGCGGCGGGUGGAGCCGCCUGGAGCUGUCUGUGCUGGGGCACACCUCCGGCGCCAGCCGGCUCAAGGGGGACUGA